UAAAAUUUCAAAUCGUAAUUCCUUCGGCUGAGAAAACGCAAAUCGGAUCCAAAGAAAAAAAAUGAUCGGAAAAUUAAAGACACCAUCAGCAUCAGCAUCAGCAUCAGCAUCAGCAUGUGUUUCGUCGGCUUUGUGUUCUUCACAUUCCAACAACAUCAACAUCAACAUCAACAGCAACAACUAUAAACCCUACGAGGCCUCUCAUCACUCUCACUUCCCGCCCAGAUCCCCAACAAAAAAACCAUGCCUUUUGCUUUCCAAUCAUACAUACAUCAUCAAAAGUCAAGAAUCGAAGAACCAUCUCUCCAACGAAUUGAAAUUCAUUCGGAGCCAGAAACGAUUAAGCGAUCUCUGCACUUGGGCCAUUGGAGGCCCUUGUAACCAUUUUGUUCAAGUUGUCAAUCAAACCCAACUUCUCUCUGCUCUCAGGUACUGCCAUGAGAAUUCUUUGAGAUCCAUGAUAAUUGGUAAAGGCUCAAAUUGUCUCUUUGAUGAUUUGGGUUUCGAUGGUUGUGUUAUUCUGAAUCAGAUUGGGUUCUUGGAGAGGAUUGAGCCUGGCAUGUUUAGAGUUGGAAGCGGCUUCAGAUUUAAUCACUUGGGUAUAUUGUGUUCAAAUGAAGGAUUCACAGGUCUCGAGUUUGCUGGUGGAAUUCCUGGAACUGUUGGAGGAGCUGCUUAUAUGAAUGCCGGAGCAAAUGGGCAGGAAACUGCUGAUGUUAUCGACAGCAUUGAGAUUGUAACAACUGAAGGCAAAUUUCAGAUACUGAAUAGAACGGAUCUUAAUUUUGGCUACCGAACAUCACCAUUUCAAGAUAUGGAAGACUUGGCGGCCAUCGUUGCUGUUACAUUCCAAUUGAAGCACUCGGAAUCUGCAAGGAGAAGGCAACAAGAGUACUUGGAAAGGAGGAGAAUCUCUCAGCCAGUGAGAGAGAGAAGCGCUGGCUCAGUGUUUCGCAACCCAUCCAAUUCGGGGGUUUCAGCAGCGGAGUUGAUUGAGAGAGCUGGAUUGAAAGGUCACAGAGUUGGAGGGGCAAUGGUUUCAAACAUCCAUGCCAACUUCUUCAUUAAUUCUGGUGGCUCAACUUCUGAAGACAUGUUGGAGCUCAUCAAUUUGGUUAAAGAGAUGGUCUAUCAGAAGUUUGGGAUACAACUCAAGGAGGAGGUAUUAUAUGUUCAUCCAUUUUGUAACAGUUUAAACUCAAACAGAGACAAAUGACCUGUCAUGUGACAUUUGAAGAGAGAAAUGAAAAUUGUACUUGCAAAUAAAA